CUCGACGCAUUUUUUUGUCAUUUCCCGCAGUUGCGUUAUCACUGAUUUUGUUUAAAACAUGAACGAAAUGUUUCUUAAACUGGUGUCUAUUGUUUGUAUAUUCUGCAUCUGCGUUGGUGGCGGCUCUGCGGGCAAUGGAGAUACCUCCAUCCUGCCAGAGGGUUAUGUGGAUGCCACUCAAAGAUCGACGCACACCAACAACUGGGCUGUCCUAGUGGAUGCCUCCCGGUUCUGGUUCAACUACCGGCAUGUGGCCAACGUCUUGUCCAUCUAUCGCUCAGUGAAGCGGCUCGGCAUUCCCGACUCGCAGAUCAUUCUGAUGAUAGCUGACGAUAUGGCCUGCAACGCCCGCAAUCCGCGUCCCGGUCAGGUCUACAACAACGCCAACCAGCACAUCAAUGUCUACGGCGACGACGUGGAGGUGGAUUAUCGCGGCUACGAAGUGACCGUGGAGAACUUUGUCCGCCUCCUUACUGGCCGCACCCAAAACGGUACAGCGCGCUCCAAGAAGCUGCUCUCCGAUGCCGGCAGCAAUGUUCUCAUCUACCUCACCGGCCAUGGCGGCGAUGGUUUCCUGAAGUUCCAGGACUCGGAGGAGAUAACCAGCCAGGAGUUGGCCGACGGCAUCCAGCAGAUGUGGGAGAAGAAACGCUACAAUGAGCUCUUCUUCAUGGUGGACACUUGCCAGGCCGCCUCGUUGUACGAGAAGUUCAGUUCGCCCAAUGUCCUGGCAGUGGCCAGCAGCCUGGUGGGCCAGGAUUCGCUCUCGCAUCAUGUGGAUCCUUCGAUUGGUGUGUACAUGAUUGACCGCUAUACUUACUAUGCCCUGGAGUUCCUGGAGAAGGUGCAGCCAUUCAGUACGCGCACCAUUGGCGAAUUUCUUCAAGUGUGCCCCAAGCGUGUCUGCAUUUCGACUGUUGGUGUGCGCAAGGACCUCUACCGCCGUGACCCACACAAGGUGCCAAUUACCGACUUCUUUGGCGCCAUCAGACCCACACGCGUCUCCACAGAUCGCAUCAAUGUGACGCUGGCGAACGAGAGUGAUUUUAUAGCCGAUCUGGAGGAUAUUGCAGUGGCCAAGCGGAAGUUCACCGUCAUCAUGGAGCCCCAGUUCCCUUCCGAGUUUUUCAAGUAACGUUCCAAAUCAUAUAAACUAAAACCCAAAACACAGCAUUAUGGCUCUGGGACUGCACCUGCAUGAGAAGUGGAUCGACUGGAUCAAGGCAACGCCCAUUCGAAAGACAAUUUGUAGACAUUUUUCGGUGUAUACUUAUUGGGGCGUUCGCGUUGGUUCGACUGAGAUUGAGGUGAAACUGCCAUGGGAAGCAGCAUUAUAUUUGUAAGAUCUCCCCUUGUAUAUAUCCUAGACUAGCAAUCGUAUUGCUUAAAUAAACAAACGAAUGUUGAACUCA